UUCUCAGACCUCCAGUUUCAGCCCUGCCCUCAGCCUCCCGUCGGUGAGAGACACCAGCCCCAGCAAUUGGAUUGGGCAGCCCGUCUUGACACACCACUGUGCUGAGUGCUUGAGGACGUGUUUCACCAGAUGGUUGGGGUUAGUGUGUGUCAUCACGUUCGAGUGGGGAUUAGGAGCAGGAAGGCUGCCUUGCUGGAGCUGUGUGGUCUUCUCCAAGUGAGAGUUGCGAGCAUCAGAACGACUUUGCUUGUGAAACAAGAGGAAGGAUUCAUUUUCUGCAGCCCCAAGAAAAGCAGGUUUUUUCCCUCCAGGUGCUGACGGCCAGCCCCCGUCAUCUGAAGAAGGUGAAUUUGGCAAAUGACAUGCCGGUUUUCCAGGACAGAGUAAUUGCUGAAAACCUUCAAAGGACCCCAUCUACAGAUGUUCUGAACACCUCUGAGUAGAGAAAUUGAUUUUUCAACCAGGAUACCUAAUUCAAGACCUGCAGAAACCAGGAGGCUGAGACAUUUUGUCAGUUUUGCGACAUGGGACCAAACAUAAUGAAGCGUUCUUGCUGGGCUCUGGUUUUGGCCGUCCUGGGCACGGAGUUGCUGGGGAGCCUCUGUUCGGCCGUCAGAUCCCCGAGGCUCCGAGGACGGGUACCGCAGGAGCGGAAAAACAUCCGGCCCAACGUUAUUCUUGUGCUCACUGAUGACCAAGAUGUGGAGCUGGGGUCCCUGCAAGUCAUGAACAAAACGAGAAAGAUUAUGGAACAGGGAGGGGCCACCUUCACCAACGCCUUUGUGACCACGCCCAUGUGCUGCCCCUCCCGAUCCUCCAUGCUCACCGGGAAGUACGUGCACAACCACAACGUCUACACCAACAACGAGAACUGCUCCUCCCCCUCGUGGCAGGCGAUGCACGAACCUCGGACUUUUGCUGUAUACCUUAACAACACUGGCUACAGAACAGCCUUUUUUGGAAAAUACCUCAAUGAAUAUAAUGGCAGCUACAUCCCUCCUGGGUGGCGAGAAUGGCUUGGAUUAAUCAAGAAUUCUCGUUUCUAUAAUUACACUGUUUGUCGCAAUGGCAUCAAAGAAAAGCAUGGAUUUGAUUAUGCAAAGGACUACUUCACAGACUUAAUCACUAACGAGAGCAUUAAUUACUUCAAAAUGUCUAAGAGAAUGUAUCCCCAUAGGCCCAUUAUGAUGGUGAUCAGCCACGCUGCGCCCCACGGCCCUGAGGACUCGGCCCCACAGUUUUCAAAACUGUACCCCAAUGCUUCCCAACACAUAACUCCCAGUUACAACUAUGCACCAAAUAUGGAUAAGCACUGGAUUCUGCAGUACACGGGACCCAUGCUGCCCAUCCACAUGGAAUUUACAAACGUUCUGCAUCGCAAAAGGCUUCAGACUUUGAUGUCAGUGGAUGAUUCUGUGGAAAGGCUGUAUAAUAUGCUGGUGGAAACGGGGGAGCUGCAGAACACUUACAUCAUUUACACCGCUGACCAUGGCUACCAUAUUGGGCAGUUUGGACUGGUCAAGGGGAAAUCCAUGCCGUAUGACUUUGAUAUUCGUGUGCCUUUCUUUAUUCGUGGGCCAAGUGUAGAACCUGGAUCAAUAGUCCCGCAGAUCGUUCUAAACAUCGACCUGGCCCCUACGAUCCUGGACAUUGCUGGGCUCGACCCACCUCCUGAUGUGGACGGCAAGUCUGUCCUCAAACUGCUGGACCUGGACAAGCCGGGUAACAGGUUUCGAACAAACAGAAAGGCCAAAAUUUGGCGUGAUACAUUCCUCGUGGAAAGAGGGAAAUUUCUACGUAAGAAAGAAGAAUCCAACAAGAGUAUCCAACAGUCAAAUCACUUGCCCAAAUACGAGAGGGUCAAAGAACUGUGCCAGCAGGCCAGGUACCAGACAGCCUGUGAACAACCUGGGCAGAAGUGGCAGUGCAUCGAGGAUACAUCGGGCAAGCUUCGAAUUCACAAGUGCAAAGGAUCCGGUGACCUGCUCACCGUCAGGCAGAGCACGCGGAACCUCUACUCCCGCGGCUUCCACAGCAAGGACAAAGAGUGCAAUUGUGGGGAGUCUGGCUAUCGAGCCAGCAGGAGCCAGAGGAAGAGUCAAAGGCAGUUCCUGAGAAACGAGGGGACUCCGAAGUACAAGCCCAGGUUUGUCCACACGCGGCAGACACGUUCCUUGUCAGUCGAAUUUGAAGGCGAAGUAUAUGACAUAAACCUGGAAGAAGAAGAAUUGCAAGUGUUGCAGCCAAGAAACAUUGCCAAACGUCAUGAUGAAGGCCACCAGGGGCCGGGAGGUCGCCAAGCUGCCAGCGGUGCCCAUGGGGACACCACGCUGGCCAACGGUGGCAAUGCUGUGGGCCUGCCCACCACCGUCCGAGUGACCCACAAGUGCUUUAUUCUUCCAAAUGAUACAAUCCAUUGUGAGAGAGAACUGUACCAGUCGGCCAGAGCAUGGAAAGACCACAAGGCAUACAUUGAUAAAGAGAUUGAAGCUUUGCAAGAUAAAAUUAAGAAUUUAAGAGAAGUGAGAGGGCACCUGAAGCGGAGGAAGCCCGAGGAAUGUGUCUGCACUAAGCAGAGCUAUUACAAUAAAGAGAAAGGUGUAAAAAAGCAAGAGAAAUUAAAGAGCCACCUCCACCCAUUCAAGGAGGCUGCUCAAGAAGUGGACAGCAAACUACAGCUUUUCAAGGAGAACCGUAGGAGGAAGAAAGAGAGGAAGGAGAAGAAACGCCAGCGGAAGGGAGAGGAGUGCAGCCUUCCUGGCCUGACCUGCUUCACACACGACAACAGCCACUGGCAGACGGCCCCCUUCUGGAACCUGGGGUCGUUCUGUGCUUGCACGAGUUCUAACAAUAACACCUACUGGUGUUUGCGUACAGUUAAUGAGACACAUAAUUUUCUUUUCUGUGAGUUUGCCACUGGCUUUUUGGAGUAUUUUGAUAUGAAUACAGAUCCUUAUCAGCUCACAAAUACAGUGCACACAGUAGAACGGGGCAUUUUGAAUCAGUUACACGUUCAGCUGAUGGAACUCAGAAGCUGCCAAGGGUAUAAACAGUGCAACCCAAGACCUAAAGGCCUGGAAGUAGGAAAUAAAGAUGGAGGAAGCUAUGACCUACACAGCCCACGUGGGACAGAGCAGAAGAACCCACUCUUAAGCUGGUCUCACCCGGGAUAUGGGCUGACAAGAGGACAGUUAUGGGAUGGGUGGGAAGGUUAACCUUCCCAGUCCCACUGUAGACGUCAGCUGGCAAGGCCUGGAGGAUUUAUACAGCAUGAAUGAAAGUGUCUAUGAGUACAGACAGAACUACAGACUUAGUCUGGUUGACUGGACUAAAUUACCUGGAGGACAUAGAUAGAGUAUUUGCACUGCUGAACGGUUACCACGAGCAAAAUGAAACAAGUAAGACUAAAACUGCUCAAAGUGAUGGGUUCCCGGCUGUAUCUGCUGAGCUCCCUGCGCCGGUAGAGAUGGCCUCCACCGAGUCAGAUGAAGACCUGAGCCGUAUGGUUGGGGAAGCCCCUCAUUCAACCUUGCCAGCCGACCUUUGAACCCUGCAUUUGAACCGAUCAACAUUCAGUCCAGAAAGUAAACUUGAAUGGAAUAACGACAUUCCAGAAGUUGUCGUUUGAAUUCUGAACACUGGAGAAAUCAUAAAACUGCCAAAUAGAUGGAGCACGAAGAGUUGAGUCAUCUUGAACCUGACUUCAGUGGCAGUGACAUGCCCAUGCUGGUGCUCAAGCCCAGCCCCAGGCUGGCACCGGAAAGGACUUCCCCGGGAUGGUGGUCCCGGAGAUGUGUCGAAGAUCAGUGUAUCUUCCUGUGCAUUCUGACGUGGAUUCCACUCAUCAGGCAAAGUGUCCACCUUGGAGAAGCCUAUCAACUUCAGCAGUAUGGAGAGCAUGUCAAACAAGGUGGAGAAAAGUCACAGAAGGGGGACUGACUAGAUGAAAUUGUUACCGUACCCUAAACACAGUAUUGUUUUUAACUUUUUAUUAGUAAACUAAUAAAGGCAAUCACGACAGCCAACAUUCCAAGCUACCCUAGGUACCUAUGUGCAGUAGAAGUCAGUGUGCAUGUCAGCAGACGCACAGAAACUUGGUGUUGUAAUUCACUAUGUGUCAAGAAUAGGGAGAAAGGUGAUUUGUGGGUUUUUUGUUGGUUUAGGGGAUACUAAAACAGUAUUAUCUUUGGAAAGUUGUGGGGACAUGCAUCUAUAAAUGCUAUCCUAACAAGAUGGCUAGAACUGUGCCUUCCUGAGUUUCUGAAACUGGACAGCCGCAGUGAAUCUUUCAACUCACUUUCUACCGCCUGUGUCAUGUGGUUUGGAUUCAUUUUUAACCACUGGAAUUUUUCAAUGCCAUCACUCUUUAGGUCAAUGAUUUUGCACUUUGAGAUCUAAAUGCCAUGUCUAUUUCGUUAGUCUAAUUUUUUUUUUUUUGCAGGCUUAUCACAGUCUCACUGCUUGUUCUCAGUGUGACAAAGUGAAAUAGACCCCUAAGGACGACACACAGUAUGGAUCCCAUAUUGUUUAACAUACGCU